GUUGUUUUCAAUUUGGACCACCACGCGCGGAAGCGAGGUGGUAUGGAGUCUGUAAUUUUGGACGAUUAAACAAGAAAGAUUAUUGUUGUUUUUGUUCAUACUGGUCGUAAAUUGGCGGUGAAAUGGCCCUGUUUGUGUUGUACGAGCACGCCGCCGGAUAUGGGCUGUUCAGCGUGAAGGAGUUCGAAGAGAUCGGUAUGCUAUUACCGCAGGUAGAGGCAUCGAUCCUGGAUAUGGCACGGUUCAAUGCGAUCGUCAAGCUGGUCGGUUUCCAUCCGUUCAAAACGGCCGUCGCUGCCCUGAACAAUGUCAAUGCCAUUUCCGAGGGUCUGCUGCCGGAUGAUUUGUCCAGCUUUCUGGAUACCACGCUACCGAAGUCGUCGAAGAAGAAGUCGGUAACGCUUGGUGUGGCUGAUGCUAAGCUGGGUGCCGCAAUUGCCGAGGGGCUGAAUGUGCAGUGUUCGCACAUUGGUGCAGUGCCGGAAAUAUUGCGUGGUAUCCGGCAUCAUUUUGCGAGCAUGGUGAAGGGUUUCACCGAUCAGUCGGCCGCAGUGGCACAGCUUGGACUGGGCCAUAGCUAUUCGCGGUGCAAGGUGAAGUUUAAUGUGCACCGAUCGGAUAACAUGAUCAUUCAAUCGAUCGCACUGCUCGAUCAGCUAGACAAGGACGUCAAUACGUUCUCGAUGCGUAUUCGCGAGUGGUAUUCGUACCACUUCCCGGAGCUGUCUAAGAUCGUGUCGGAUAACUACUUGUUCGCGAAAGUGGCUCACUUUAUCAAGGAUCGCAAAUCGCUUACAGAUGCAAGCCUGGCUGGGUUGGAAGAAAUUGUGAUGGACUCAGAAAAAGCACAGGCAAUCCUUGACGCUUCGCGCAUGUCCAUGGGUAUGGACAUCUCGGUGAUCGAUCUGUUGAAUAUCGAAAUGUUCGCCAAGCGAGUUAUCAAACUGUCCGACUACCGGCAGCAACUGUCCGGCUAUCUGCACUCGAAAAUGAACAGUGUCGCGCCGAAUCUGCAGGCCCUCAUUGGUGAUCAGGUGGGCGCUCGGCUUAUUUCGAAGGCGGGCAGUCUUACGAAUCUGGCCAAAUUCCCUGCCUCGACGGUACAAAUUCUUGGCGCAGAAAAGGCUCUGUUCCGUGCGCUGAAGACGAAGAGUAAUACGCCCAAGUACGGGCUGCUGUUUAACUCGUCGUUCAUUGGAAGAGCGAACGCUAAGAACAAGGGACGUAUUUCCCGGUUCCUGGCCAACAAGUGUACGAUCGCAUCCCGUAUCGAUUGCUUCACCGAAACACCUACCACCGUGUUCGGCGUGGCACUGAAGGGUCAGGUUGAGGAUCGUUUGAAGUUCUACGAGCAGGGCGAAACACCGCGCAAGAAUUUGGAUGUAAUGAAGGAAGCAAUUGAGCUGGCUCAGCUAGAAGUGGAAAAAACUAAAAGCAAGAAGAAGAACAAACGCAAACUAGAGGACGCGAAUGGUAGUGCGGCCGAAAUGAACGGAAGUGGAGGUAAUUCAGCAAAGAAGCGGAAGAAAGCAAAAUUGAACGAUACGAACGGAGACGAAGCGGAUGAAUCGACACUGAACGGGUCCACCGUGCUGGACGUUUCAAACGGCGAAGUCAAGAAGAAAAAGAAGAAAAACAAAAAUCGAGCAUCCGAGGUCGAGGCAUGAGCGGUGGUGCGUUCCGGAUUAUACCUAUCGACAUAAGAUAAUUUAGAUGUGGCAUUAAUAAUUACAUUGACCGGUAUAAUAGAAUAGAAAGCGUAUAGCUUACAUAGCAUCCAGAGUCAGGCGGAGGGUAUAGAAUGAUCCUCAACGCAACUUCUUUUGCGGCAAGUGUAUUUCCGUUGUCUUUUUUUUCAUUCAACAUUUUUUUUCUUUUUUCUCUUAUCUUGUAAUUUUGAGUCUUCGUAUCGUAUGUAUUGGAAUAAAUAUAUCAACAGAAGAUUA